AUGAGCGCCACUCGUUCUCGCGCGGCCGCCAAUGGCUCUUCGCUGCGGACUGCUCGACUCGCCUUCAUCGGCCUCUUCCACGCCUUCGCGCCUAUGGUGACCGCGUUGCCUCUUGGCGAUGUGAUACAGACGUUCAGGGACGCCGAUGAGGAUCUCCCCAAGGACUCCAGCGACCCGCAGCUCUGGCUCUUCCUAGGUGUCGCUGUCGCGCUUGUUUUGGCUGGUGGUGUGUUUGCGGGUCUGACCAUUGCCUUGAUGGGUCAAGACGAGAUCUACCUCCAAGUCCUUGCUUCAUCCGGCGAGAAGCACGAACGCAAGAACGCGAAGAAGGUCCUGAAGCUGCUUGAGCGCGGCAAGCAUUGGGUCCUGGUGACGCUGCUCCUGAGUAACGUCAUCACCAACGAAACCCUUCCUAUCGUGCUAGACAGGUCUCUCGGUGGAGGAUGGCCCGCCGUCGUUAGUUCCACAGUCCUCAUUGUCAUCUUCGGCGAAGUCGUCCCCCAGUCAAUAUGUGUGCGCUACGGUCUGCCAAUUGGCGCCGCCAUGGCUCCCAUCGUUCUCGGCCUGAUGUACAUCAUGGGCAUAAUCGCCUGGCCGACUGCCAAACUCCUCGACUACCUCCUCGGCGAAGACCACGGUACUGUUUACAAGAAGGGUGGAUUGAAGACACUCGUUAGCCUGCAUCAGUCUCUUGGACUUGAGCAUGAGCGUCUGAACGAGGACGAAGUUACCAUCAUCACCGCUGUGCUGGAUCUCAAGGCCAAGGCUGUCGGUAACAUCAUGACGCCUAUGAAGGACGUCUUUACCAUGUCGUCUGACACGGUUCUGGACGAGAAGAUGAUGGAUAACAUCCUGUCUGCUGGUUACUCGCGUAUUCCCAUCCAUACACCCGAGAACGAAAACAAUUUCGUCGGUAUGCUCCUGGUCAAGAUGCUCAUCACAUACGACCCGGAGGACGCUCUACGCGUGCGCGAUUUCGCUUUGGCCACCCUUCCAGAAACCCGUCCCGAGACGAGCUGCUUGGAUAUUCUCAACUUCUUCCAGGAGGGCAAAUCCCACAUGGUGCUGGUCUCCGAAUUCCCAGCUGAGGCUCGUGGUGCCGUGGGUGUCGUUACCCUAGAGGAUGUUAUCGAGGAACUGAUCGGAGAGGAAAUCAUUGACGAAUCUGAUGUCUUCAUCGACGUGCACAAGGCGAUCCGCCGCAUGGCUCCUUCCCCUCGCGCCCGCGUCCCCCGAGGCAAAGUCAUCACCGACCUCUCUCGCAAGCCGUCAGAAGCACAAGCUGUGGACACCGAAACAGAUUCAGAACAGAACGGCAAGGCGCCUCCACGCAAGGCCUCUUUGCCCGACAUGCCCGAAGGCCAUCCCAAGCCCUCCUUCAUGCUCCGCCGCCGCAGUAGCGGCAGCAAGGGAGGUGCAUCGCCACUCCGCAGUGAUGAUCCAACUGUCAUGCAGCACCUGAAACAUCUCGGCCCUUCGAACGUUGCCACCAGGCCCAAACAGACUCGCAUCAACACCGUCAAGAUCAAGCCCGGCCAGACAAGUCUCACACCUGAUAUUCCCAAAACGAUACCUGAGGACGCUCAAGCUCCAACCGAGGCAACGUCGACUGAGGGUGUAAUAACCCAGGACUCUCACGCGCCCGAAGGUGGGAUUGGCGAAGGCUUGCUAUCUUCAGCAGGUCGCGAGGCCAGUGAUGGCGUCCACAGCGUAGCGGUGGGAUACGGAACCAUGGCUCCAAGUGGCGAUCGCAUGUCCUGGAGAUCUGGUCGAUCAGGUGCAAGGGAACACGAAGAAGACCCUACGUCUCCCAAGGGUGGUGCCAAUGAAGACGACGAAAACACUCAUCUACUUGUCGACAAUCGCAACAAUGAAAACGGCGGUUCGAGAGGACGGUCGCGUUCCGUUAGUACCAUCGCCUCUCUACGCUCGCGUUCGCGCAGCCCGCUGAAGAAGCGACAUACCGCUCGAAGCGGUAGCAUCUCUGAGAACGUUGUAGACUUUAAUGGUAUCAAGAAGGUCGUCUUGGAGACCACAAGCUCUAGUGACUCCGAGGACAAAGCCGAUGGUAGCCAAGCUGAUGGUCACGACGACCAGAAGCAUUCGGAAGCCGAGUCUUCGCAUGCAGGAGGCAAAGGUGGGAGCAAGAAGAAGAGGAAGAAGCGAGGUAAGAAGAAGAAGGGUGGAGCUGGAGACAGCAGCGAGUCACAACCUCUGCUCGGAGACAGGUAA